CCGGAACUCAAGACGUCAUAGGUUACAACAUGGCGGAAGAUAUCCUUGUAAACAUGACUGUCAACACAAAACUUUUACUUUUAAUUAUGCUUUUUUGCAAUCAUGCGUCUGGCUGGAUUCAUAAUCUAAAAUUACAAGUGAGACUUAUAGAUGCUAAUUUUUCAAUUCAUUUUAUAUAGUUGUUGUAAAUCGCGUAUAUAAAUUGAUUUGGUCAUUGGACAUUCUGAAUUUGUGAGUCACUGCUUCAAUUCAAUGAAUCAAUCACACUACACUCACACCAAUGACGACAACUUGUUGAAGGAACCUUUUAUUAACUAUAAUUUAGUAUGACUAGUAAAUAAACAUUCUAUCUACAAAACGCUUUAACCCACCAUAGUGUACAUUACAUUUUGUUGGGGAUGAUUAAGACCAGGCUUUAGCAAUAUUAAUAUUGAUGUAGGCCUACUUUUUUUACAUUGUGUAGCAUAACCAAAUCUUUUUAAUUUUUUUUACACACUGUAAAUGUUAGUUUGGUAAGUUUAUGUCUGAAGCAGCACAGUCACAAGCAUGAUACAAUGAUACAUCAUUUGGAGGUUGUUUUUGGGUUAGGUGUUUGUGUACACUUAAUGCAAGUUUUUGUUUCCUUAUUAGGGGAAGGGUCUCCCCUCCCCAAAAAGAUUUUUUUGCUUCUUAUUUUGGUUUUUUAAAGUGGGGGGAGAGGUUUGGAGAGGGGUGUCUCCCCAGUUCUCAGAGGAUAAUUGAUUUUGCACACAGAAAACGAUGAUAAUUCAUAAUAUUGACUCUACCUCAAAUGAAAAUAAAUCUGGUUUAAAUGCUUUCUAAAUUCAUUCUAUAAGUCAUGCAGUAAUUCCUAAGCUAUUGGGCUGACACCUCUUGGCAAAACCCAUUCUGUUAACCCAAAAGUUAUCUCAUUUGGAUUCUCGUUUUUACCACAUACAAAAAAUGGAACAAUUUUUAUAACUAAUUUACAUCACCUUUGCAUCAACGAGGACUUAAAAAUAUAAAUAUCUGCAUGGCUGUUUUCUUUCAAUAGAAGUAAAAACUUUGAAUCUGCUAAAUCGCAAUAUUUAUUCUUUAGCUUUAAAAACAAUUGGGAAAAGAAUGUAAUGAAUAAAUGUAUCUCAUUUAGAAAUAAAAAAUUGACAUAAUGUGAUAGCAAUACGGUAACAAAUAGGAAGAGCAUAAUGAGAUUGAGAAUGCAAGAAGUUAGUUGGUAAAAUCAAGCUGAUGCUGAAUUGUGACUCAUGAAUAUAGUGGUGGAAAAUAAGUUGCCUAUAACAUGUGGAUAUAAAGUAUUGAAUCACUUUGUUUACAAGAUGGAAUAAAUAGUAAAGAAUUUGUUGUUUUUUUCUCAGUCAAAUUAUUUUAUUUGGACCAAUUAUCAUAAAAUGUAGAUUACAUUUUUUUUCUGCCUCCACAUAUUCAGACAGAUGACAGACGUGACAUAAUGCUAACCCACACCUUUGGAUUUCUUAAAGCUGGUACUUUGACUGUCAAUGUGACAAUGUUUUCAUUUAGAUCAGCUGGCAAUGUGACAAAUCAAGUAAGAGGAAUUGGAUCAUUCAUACUUUUAUUCCUUUUAAAGUCAUAGAAUAAUGUUUGGAAAUUAAAUUUUUUACAAUUAAAUGCAGUCUAAAAAUCAGAGCAGUUUUUUUUAAUGUUGAAUAUGUUACAGGUUUUAGGUAUUUGAUAUUCUUAUUUGCAUUAAGAAAGUGAAUAGAAGUGGGUGUUAUCUACAACAGUUACAAAGUAAGAGUUUGCAUGUAAGAUAAAACACAUUGGUCCUUUUCCCCCUUUCAUCUCUAGCCUUUUGGUUUCACACUGGAUAAAAGCAAAAGUCCAGGAUUCAGCAGUUACAUGGUAAGACAUCAGAAGCCAUUGAUUACUUUUUUGAAGUGUUGUCUUAUUAAAAAUUGAAUAAAAUGUUUAUCUGUGUGGUUUGAUUUUUAUUUAUUUCAUGGAGGAUUUAAUUAUUAUUUUGUUUCUCUCUUCUAUGAUUAUAAUCUGAAGCAACACAGCUUUCUCUAUUUACUUUUUUAAGUUAUCCUUCUAUAAAAGAAAACAGAAAGUUUUUUUUUUAAUAAUGAUACCUAGGAAAAGUAAUAAUUCAAAAAUACAUUUUGCUGUGACUUUUCUCUCUUACCCUUUAGGAAAGCUUACAAAAGUGUGCUCUCAAUGAUACAGAUAAAACAACAAAUACAGUAAUCUUUCGAUUUGAUUUUGAAAAAAUGAAGUAAGUUUGAGGUCAAUAAAAAAGAACAUGUUCCUCACACAAAUGUUUUUAUUAUCUUCUAUAAUUUAAAACAAUUUUAGAAGAUAAUAAAAACAUUUGUAUUUACCACUAUUUUGUGUUCAAGAAAAAAUGUCUUUAAAAUAAUUUUGUAUCAAUAGCUUUAGUUUCGUAACUACAGUAUUAAAAAAAUAAACAUUGUUGUGACUAAGAGAAUAGAAAAUUUGAAUUAGAUGACUGUUUUGAUAACUAAAAGUUAAAUCUUAACUUUCUUUCACCAAGAGUUGUAGUGGAGAGACGAGGUGAGGAUUUACGAGAGUUGAGUAUCGUAGCGACCCCACCACCAACAAAGGCUCUACCUGUGGAGCCAGACACCAACAAAGGUAAUCUUAGAUCAUUAUUACUGCAGCAUUGGACUUGUUCAGCCCACUGAUACUGCAUAUGACCCUAAUUUGCUGCCUUUUGUUAUAUCCACAAAAAUUAACCUGUUCAUAACCACAUUGCUUACAUAUGGGGAAAAAAUUAUCUUUUAUCAUUUAUAAUAUUUUUUCCUAAAGGAUUUAAAAAAAAAAAAAAAUGAAAUUUCGACCAUGUAAAUACAAUUUAACUGAAAUAAGUAAUUUAUUAUUAAUUAGUCCAGCAGAGUAAUUUUGACAGUGAUUAUUAACAAUCUUAUUAUUAUUAGACAAAACGAUGAUUGCAAUAUUUUCAAAUUCUAGUAAUUAAACCAGAGGAUAAAAAAAGUGAAAAACAUGAAAAAACGGAAACAGGUGCUGUCACAAAAACAGAAACAGAUUCUGUCUCAAAGACAGACAAUGAUAAGGGUAGCAAAGGCAAGACCCCAACAGAUGAAAAAAAGCCAGGUGGUGAGACAAGCAAGAAGCACAGUGAAGACUCCAAAGAGGGUGGUAAAUCCAAAGAUACAAAGAGGGCAUUGGAUGGACAGAAUGAAGAUGAAACACACAGGUAUUUUGUUUGUGCAAAUGUAUCAGUGUAACUGUAACACAAGUAUGUAUGUCCCUCAUUUAAUUGUUCUUGAACCCACCGCACCACAUGUUCCAUAAGUUAAAGAGUGGCCCAAGACAUGUUUUUGUGUCAGACUCCAAGACUGCAAGAUUUUCAACAUCGAGUCAGAUAACUUCUAGCACAGCCAUUACCUUACCCUGAGAAGCUCUAUGUACAACUGGAGAACAUUCAGAUGAAGGCCUCCUUGUGCUAAAAAUCAUUUAGAAUUCUUGAAUGCCAUUUGUGUCAUAGUAGAAGAUUUCUAUGUAAUAGACUGAUUGAUUCUCUUGUCCAAUUUAAAUAACCUAGAUAUCUACCAUUUACCUUAUUGUGCUCAGUUAUGUAAUCAAUUCAAGAAAUGGCUAUUAACAUUCUGGUGCUGCUAAAUAUAUUCCCGGCCUUCUAUGUUAAAUUUAUGUCUCUUGAACCGCAUUGCUUAUUUUCUGCAUUGUUAUCAGUCUUAUUUUUUAUUGCUUUAGUCGCAGAAAACGAGCAGUAGAAUCAACAGUUGCUGCUGUAACUGUAGACACCAAAAAGCCAAAGGUAGUUUUAUAAUUUUAUAGUUGUUAAUGUUAGCUUUAAAGCUAGUUUAUCUAAAAAAAUUAACAUUUAUUCGUAUUUUGAUUUAGUCAAAUUUAGAAAUGCUUAUGUAAUUACAAUUCAAUAUAUAAAAAAUGUCUAAGUGUUUUUCUGUCUGACCUGCAGUGUUCAUUCUAGGUCUUAAAUUUAUUUAUUGCAUUAUAGUUUUAUCAUAUUAAAUUAAGCUUUUUUAAGAUUAAUUUUAGUCUGCUAAUGGUUUUUUUUAUUAAUUAAAAAUUUUUUAAAAUGUUUACUUCAAAAAUAUUUUCUUUAUAUAUACUAAAAUGACGCUGAGAGAAUUUUUUAAAAAUUUAACAGAUAUUUCGGGUCAAAUUAUUAACUGGAGUAAUGUUUCCCAUGAGCUCACAUUCCAUUUUCUAAUUUUCUGAAGAUCUUCAAAUACUAUAACAUUUUUAAUUUACCUUGAAUUCUACUUCUAGGAAAAAAGAGAUGACAAGCCUGGCAAACCUGUCGUAGCCGAGAAAAUUUACCUAAAUUUAACUAAAAUUGACACAGAUAAAUAUCAGACAUUUGUAAGUUCUAUGUCUUCAGUAAUGUUGUUUUGUUUAUUUAUUAAUGUAUUGAUUUUUCUUAUGGUGACUAUAGAUUCAAUUUUAAUUAAUCCUGAACUAGAAUUCUAUUCAUUUUUUAAACUAAAUUAAGAGUAGAUAUUGACUUUAUUGAGCUUGAAUGUAGAAGUAAAAACUCAUUUAAUUAACUUAAACCUAUUUUAAAUUAUUUUUAAAACUACCAUAUGAACUAUAACAGUUUAUUUGCAAGUAAUGUACAAUCUUAACUAACUUACAGUUUUCAUAAUUUUUUUUAUUCUUAAAACAAUGUACAUAUUAAAAAUAAACUUAAAAAAAAAAAAAAUGCUUUGGUAAUUUAAUGCAUCAUCUCUAUAAUGCAAAUCUUGUGUUCAUUAAUAUUUUUAGUAUAUAUAAGCUUGACAACUGAAGAUGAUAUUGCCCAUUUCUUUGACAGUUUCAAGUCAAUGUUGCCAAGGAAUCUGAAGAAGGGCUCUACAACCUCUACUUCCACAACUGUAUGAAUGAAAAGUCUCUGGUCGACCUUUCAGUAAGUUUUUACUUCUCAUCAAUUUAUUGGUGUUUGGCAAAGCUCCCGCAAUAAACAUUUUAAAAUCAAGUGUCUCAUGAUAUAUUUGGGUUUUUUAUUUUUUUUGCACUAGACUUUUUGAGAUAGAGAGAGAUGGCUUUCACAUUUAAUUGAUAAAACUAUCAUAUUUUUUUUUUUAAAUUUAAUAAGCAAAGACUUAUGCUAUUUUUCCAGUGAUUUGUUAUCUAAAAAUAGUGAAUUAUUUUUCAAAGUUAUAUAUUCAUGUGAUAUAGAUUUCUAGUAGUUAUUAAAGUACUAGUACUAGUCUAUUUAUUAAUACCAGCCACCUGAGCUAACUGUGCUUUUUUAAUCCCCUUGUCACUCACUGUCCUCUCAUGAGCAUGUUAACAUAGUUAUGUGAUUAACUAUGGCUUGAAAAUAAAAAGCAACUCUUGCAUUAAACAGAUGUUAUCAUGCAUAAAAGUAUUGCAGUAACGCAAACUUUUUCAGUCUUAGCCACAGGUAGUUUGUUUUCUCAAACACCAUGCCAGUGCAUCCCAUAUUUCAUCCAAGAUUUAUAGGCAAAUAUAUUAUAUAGCCUCAACUAUAACAUGAAACUUUUCACAACUUUCCCUCUCCCAACCCUUGUUAAAUAGCAUCCACCUCUUUCACUCUAACCAACUGGACUACAGUACAGGUUUUACAUAUCUGUCCAUUGCUAUUUACUCCAUGAUCCAUUCAGACAGGCUUUACACAUCUGUCCAUUGCUAUUUACUUCAUGAUCCAUUCAGACAGGCUUUACAUAUCUGUCCAUUGCUAUUUACUCCAUGACCCAUUCAGACAGGUUUUACAUAUCUGUCCAUUGCUAUUUACUCUACGAUCCAUUCAGAAAGGUUUUACAUAUCUGUCCAUUGCUAUUUACCCCAUGAUCCAUUCAGACAGGUUUUACAUAUCUGUCCAUUGCUAUUUACCCCAUGAUCCAUUCAGACAGGUUUUACAUAUCUGUCUAUUGCUAUUUACCCCAUGAUCCAUUCAGACAGGUUUUACAUAUCUGUGUCAAUUGCUAUUUACUCCAUGAUCCAUUCAGAUUCAAAUCAUUCAGAAGAAUGAAUUCAGCUACUUGUCAGCAGAUGAGAUGCCCAUCCCAGUCUUGUACUUUGUCUUUAGCGUCACGUUCUUCAUCCUCACCGUUGUCUGGUUUUCAGUUCUCCGCAAGGCCAAGUGAGUGCUAAGCUUUAGAAUAUUAUUGUGUUGAUUUUCUCUACUGAUAAAACAUAUUAUUUAAACACUAAUUAACUUAUUCAAAACAUUCAAAGUCGUGUACUUUGUCUUUAGCGUCACGUUCUUCAUCCUCACCGUUGUUUGGUUUUCAGUUCUCCGUGUUGAUUUUCUCUACUGAUAAAACAAAUUAUUUAAACACUAAUUAACUAAUUCAAAACAUAUUACUUGUACUAGAAUAUCAGAAUCUAUUGGUUACCAGUACAUUUUAUUCUGUAGUUUUUAAAAACAUAUUUUUAUCAUUUAAAACAUUUUAAAAAAAAUGUAUUUAAUCAAAUGUUAGGAAAUAAUAAAUUAAGAAAUAUUUUCUUAAACACAUAUGAUCAGAAGUCUGAUAAAUUUGCCAGUUUUAAUUGUUUAAAUGAAUUUCUCUGUCUCUAGUGAGGGUGUCUAUAAGAUUCACUAUCUCAUGCUUGUGGUGGUCUUCUUUAAAAGUAUCUCCAACCUGUUCCAUGGGGUAAGUUAAUUAAUACCUUGUAUUUCGGUGAGCCUCAAUUAUUAUGUUAUCCUUCAUCCCCCAUGCCACCAAACAUUUAUUUCAACGGUCACUCUACUCUUCCUAGCACUCAUAUCUUGAAUUCUUCUUAGUGGUAACAAGUGUCAUAUGUAUUAACGAAAUGUUUGGCCUUUGUAAAUAUUCAAAGUAGAGUACCAGGAAAAAGUAGUUCAUUAAUUAAAAAUGUGGCUGUGAUACAAUGAAGGAAGUACCGCUGUGUGUGCUUAUAUUUUUAGUGUUUCACAAAGUAUUUUUUUAUUCUAAACAAAUCUAAGUGCACAGCUAUUUGUUAUUUUACCAACCCAACAACAGUUCAUCUUAAUGUUUCUUUAUAAAUUCAAUGUUUACAUUUGUAUGUUUUAUCUUAUGGAAUAGGUUAACAUGCAUAUGAUAGAGAAAACUGGCAUUCAUCUUGAUGCCUGGGCCAUUUUGUGGUACAUUGUGUAUUUGUAAGUAUUGAAAUCAUGAAUAGCUAAGUACCCAGUAGCUAAAAGGUUGUGACAAACAAACAAAAAAAGCGAUGUUUAUUGUCUAAUAUCUGUUGUAUCAAAUUUAAUUGAAAAUAUGUUCACUGACUUUUUUUAACAUAAAACCUGAUUUGAAUCAGUUGAAUAAUUUAAAUAAGAUUAGGGGUGGGAAAUUAAAAAAGAUUUGUGAAACAGAGUUUUCUAAAUCACUUUAUUAAUUGUUUGUUCUUUGAAGCUGAAAGUACAUAUAAAAUUAUCACUCAUUUAUCCAAUCACAUCCUGUUUUCCAGGAUGAGGGGAGCUGUUCUGUUUGUUACAGUGCUUCUGAUUGGUGCUGGCUGGGCUUUCAUUAAGCAUGUGUUCACAGAUAGAGAGAAGAAACUUUUUCUUAUUGUCAUUCCAUUACAGGUAUUUCUGUGUAUAUGUACAUACAUUUGCUUGAAACUAGGCAAAUUUGUUAAUGCAUCUGUUUUAAAGAUUUUAAAUAUUUAUAAUUGUCAGGGUAUGUACUUAGGUAAUGUCUAGAAGCCUGUUUUUUUUUUUUAAUAAAUUAUUAUUUUUUAAACUAGAUAUUUUUAUUUAUUUUGUGUAUUUGCCAAAUUAUUACACAAAAAGAAAACAUAUUUAUUUUAAUUAAAAUAUAUAUCAUUCUCUAAAAAAAAAUAAGGGUACCCCUUAGUUAAAUUUGAGUCCAUUAAAUAUUUGUUAAAAGUAUGAUUUUUUUUAAAAUUUGUCAUGUCAAAUCAAAUAUAAAUGUUCUUUCUAUAUUUAGUAAACAUCAAAACAUCUAAAUCUAUCAAUGGUUUUAAAUAUAUAAAUAUAUUCAUCAUGUUUCAUAUUUUACCUGAAUACAUUCCUAAUAUACCAAUAUACACAUCUUAUCUAGAUAUUAAUGAAUGUUGCCUGGGUCAUAGUGGAGGAAAGUGAGGAAGGAUAUUCAUCUUACGACACCUGGAAUAAAAUUUUUACAGGUGUUGACCUGCUGUGCUGUUUUGCCAUUCUUUUCCCCGUCAUAUGGUGAGUCACAAUGAUAUUAGUGAAAAUCACAAUAAUCGCUGAGGAAUAUCACAAUAAUAGUUGGUGACUAUCACAAUGAUAGCUGGUGAACACCACAAUGAUAGCUGGCGAAUUUCACUGGGUCAUAUUUUGGUGGAUGAUAUAUUUGUUUUAAGAUUUUUUUAAAUGAUAAAAUUGAAAGUUUUAAAAGAAUUUGAAGUGAAUUGUAACAAGUAGCAAAUAAUAUCACCUGAGUGUGGUGAUAAUGUUAAGAACAGUCUUGAAGUGAAAGUGAAUUAAUAACUAGGCACACUCACUUUAUCUCACUUUUUCUUUACAAAAUGAAUUGAACCUCUUAACUAAAAAAAGUAUUGUUUUUUUAUAAUUAUUUUAAUUUCUCUUAUUACAGGUCAAUUCGACAUCUUCAAGAGGCCUCCAAGACAGAUGGGAAAGCUGCAAUAAAUCUUAAUAAGCUGAAACUAUUUAGACACUUCUACAUAAUGGUGUGUGUGUGAUUAUAACCUUACCAAAACUAAUUAUGUUCAACCACUUCAUUGCAUUCGAUUUAAAGUAAACAGUCGAUGUGUAGAUAGUUGGGUUGGUUGAUGAAUAGAUCCAGGGAAAGAGUCGGCAGUUGAAUCUAAAUGUUCCAUAUAUUUAUUGAUCAAUGUUGUUCUGCUUGUUCAGAUAAAUGCAGUUGGCUUUCAAAUAAAGCUUUACAUUUUAAAAUUCUUAACUGCUGGAACUGUAUUAUAAUUACUUUUAACACUAGUCAAACUUAAGGGGAGAUAAUGAAUAUGAGAUUAGCAAAAUUUAAAAUUUUAUUUUUAAAAUCUCCAAAAUUAACCCUGUGACCUUUUUUUUUUAAUGACAGGUUGUUGCAUAUAUCUAUUUCACUAGAAUAAUUGGAUAUUUGCUCUUGGUAAGUUUUCCUCAGGCUCAGGUUGAGGUUUUCACAAUUCUUUUCUCCACCAUUAUGAAAAAAAAAUAGUUCUUUUUCAGUGCAAGUCUUAUAAUGCAAAUCAAACUAAAGAUGCAACAGUUGUUUUUUUUCUACAAUUCUUUGCCAAAACUUUUUUUUUUUAAAUAAAAAAGAUUAAAAUGUAAGCUUACAAAAUAUGUUUAGAUUUCUUUGUUUGUUUUGUUUUUGUUUUUUAAGACGCCUGUCUUACAUUGUUGUCUAAAAUUAUUGUUUUUUUUUUUUAAAGAAGCUGUUCUUAUAAUUCUGUACGAUUUAUUAAAAAUAAUAAUUAUUAUUGUAUAUUAAUUAUUGUAUCAGUUUUCCCAUGCUCCAAGACUAGGUCAGUCUGUCUUUCUGGUUGCUUUGUUUCAACCAAAACUGACCUUUUUGAGGAAUGAGUUUUAAAUGUCCUCUGUCCACUGCCAGAUAACUCUUCCGUUCCGUUAUGGCUGGAUGAAAGAUCUGUUUGAGGAAGUCUUCCUGUUUUUCUUCUUCACCCUGACCGGUUACAAGUUCCGCCCCACCAGUGACAACCCUUACCUGCAAGUCCCGCUGGACAGUGACGACGAGGAGGAGAUAGAGAUAGAUGAAGUGUAAGUUAUCCGAAACUUGACAUUAAACCCCAUUUCAUUUGCUAUAUAAAUUUGUUUUCCCAUUUAUCUUACUCCAAUAUUUUUUUUUUAAUUAUCUUUGCAUCCAUCCAUUCAUCCAUGAAUAUAGAUGAAAGAAAGUCUGUGUAUUUCUUAAAGGGUAAUAAAUGAAGCCACAGCAUUCUUCUUGUAACUUUAUAUUUCAAGCUGCCACAUACCCUUGUUCUACUAUUUCGUUGUUAAGUUCUUACGAAAUUAACUACUGGUACUAAGAUUCAACAAAAUAAUAUUUAUUUAAGAAAACAAGCAUUCUAGACCAUUAUUCCAAUUAGUAAUUGUAAUGUAUUUUCUUUAAAUUAAUUUAAGGCUGAAAAAGGACUCUCCAGUUAAAAUACAUGCAAGCUUAAGUGUUUGUUAUUAAAUUAUUAUUUUUUUUAAUUUCAUUUAUAUUCAGUUUCUAAUGACAUUUCUACUGAGCCUAGUAUUUAAUAAGCUGCCAAAUCUGGCCAUUUUUUAAUCUCAGGGUCACCAAAAGUGGAAACACAGAAACUGUGGUGAGAGUGAAUCAAGGGAGAGCAGAAGCACAGAACACCACGGCAAUGAAACAGCGGGAGAGCAGUCAUGAAUACGAUUGAUAAAAGUUGUACCAUCAUAUCAUAUUAACUUGUUUUGUAUGUAAAACUGUCAGCAACGCAUAAGUAUGCUACUUACGGUUUGUCUCAUCAAACUCUUAGUCAUAAAUAAAUAUGCUACUUAUGGUAUGCAAACUGCUGCUAAAAAAGAUGUCUACAGCAUAAGUGUGCUUUUUUUUUUUUUGAGUGAUAUGAUAGGUUUUAAUUCCCAAGUAAUAGUCAUGCAAUGUAAGCAAUCAUCUUACCAGUGAAACAUCAGUGCUAGAUUUUUAACAUGUCAGUUUUUCUGUUUUAUGUAUGUAAGAGGCAAAAAAAGACUUUUUACAGAAUGGCUUAACCAAGAUAGAUGUCAAAGUGAAAAUGUGAAUUAUAAACAUUUUUUUUUUAGACUGACCUAGCGUUAGGCAAGUUUAAAUAAAAACUAAAUGGGACGUUGUUUCAAAGGCGUUGCUGAGCAUGGAAGGGGAAUGCACAGAGCUGAACAUAGCGGACUCCCGGAUGGGGACAAUGGUGAACAUUUUGACAAUGUGUUACUCAGUUUUCUCAUAUGUCAAAUCCUCUCUGCGUGUUUCUAUUUUGUUCAAAUUGUGUCAUGCCAUGAGCGUUCACACCUUCUCGUUAUAAACAGUUCAUCUUGCAGUAUUUAAAUAUCAGGUUUGGGGUUUGUCUUCAUUUUAGUCAUUGACUUCUUUGGUGGUUUUUUUUAGUAACAACUUUUCUUGUACGUAACAUAAUUAGCAGGGCCGUAACUAGGGGCAGACGGGUGUAUGUGAAACUAAUUAGGCCCAUAUUAAGUGUUUCUCACCAAGCAAAGGUUUUCAGCUGUGCCACUAUUUGUGACUCCUUCACUGACUGUAGUAUUGUAUCAAUUAUACAUGAAUUGAUUAGUCAUGUGAAAGUUCACUAGUGAGUCUUUGUAGCAAUCCUAUAAAUCAGCUUGAAAACAUUCACCUUGAAAUGUCUGUCUUGUGAAGUUUCGGGGAGCUGUACAAAGUAAUACGUAAGUUCUUAAUCAUCUGAUGUACUUGACCAUCAAUGUACCACUAGAUGUGUAAAAAAAUGGGGGGAUCAUCAUUGUAAUAGAUAUGCAAUAGAAUUCAUUAAAACACACUGCUCCAACUGUUCCAUAAUCCAAACACUUCUAUGUUCUAAUUAGUUUUUAUACCUCGAACCCCCC